GGACCUAUUCUUCUCUCUCCUUCAGCCUCCUGAGAGGGAAGAAGGCCUCUGGCUAAGCUGUAGGCUGUAGCUAACAGCCUCUCUCCUUCUAUUAUACUUCAUUAUCGGAGUGCAAAGUGUCAACUCUUUUCUUUUGCAAAGAGAGAGAGAGAGAGAGAGAGAGAGAGAGAGAGAGUAUGGAAGGAAGCUCAAAAAGGAACACCGCAUGUUAUGGCAAAACAGAGAAAGAGAAGGAUCUUUUUCAUGUUAUUCAUAAGGUUCCUUGUGGUGAUGGUCCUUAUGUUAAAGCCAAGCAUGCUCAGCUGGUUCACAAGGAUCCAGAAACGGCAAUAGUAUGGUUUUGGAAGGCAAUAAAUGCAGGAGAUAGAGUAGAUAGUGCACUAAAGGACAUGGCAGUAGUGAUGAAACAAGUAGACAGAGCUGAAGAAGCCAUUGAAGCUAUCAGGUCUUUCAGAAGCCGUUGCUCUAAACAAGCUCAAGAAUCUCUCGAUAACGUCCUCAUUGACUUGUACAAGAAAUGUGGCAAGGUAGAGGAGCAGAUAGACUUGUUAAAGCGUAAGUUACGAUUGAUAUACCAAGGAGAAGCCUUCAAUGGCAAACCCACAAAAACUGCUCGUUCUCAUGGCAAGAAAUUUCAGGUUUCUGUCAAGCAAGAAACCUCCAGAUUACUGGGAAACUUGGGCUGGGCCUACAUGCAGAAAUCCAACUUCUUGGCAGCAGAGGUGGUGUAUCAGAAAGCUCAAAUGAUCGACCCUGACGCCAACAAGGCCUGUAACUUGGGCCUUUGUCUGAUCAAACAGUCCCGAUAUGAUGAGGCUCGUUUGGUUCUCCAGAAUGUCUUGGAAGGUAAACUUCCAGGAUCAGAGGAUUUUAAAUCCAGGAAAAGGGCUGAAGAAUUGCUAAUGGAAGUGGAAACAAGACAACCACUACCUGAACUAACAGAAAUAUUGGGCUUUGAUCUUGAUGAUGAUGACUUUGUAAAAGGACUUGAAAAAAUGAUGAGUGAAUGGGCUCCAUCAAGAUCAAAAAGGCUACCCAUCUUUGAACAGAUCUCUUCAUUUAGAGAUCGGAUAGCAUGUUAACUUCUUUCUUUACUAAUUUGAAAUUGCAGGGGUGUGAGAUUUAUAGGUGUGGUGUGUAAGGUGAUAGUGCUGUUUAUGUUUUUCAUUGUAUUAAAAUUUUAGGCGUACAAGAAUAAGGUAGCCUGCUUGUAAAAAGAAAAAAAAAAAGUGUACAGGAAUCAAACAGGCUUUUGGGUUUCCAAAUGGUAAAGGAAACAAAUUUAGAACCCAA